AAACAACGUUAAGACAUUCGCGCACAUUCGUUACACGUCGUACCAAUUCGGAGUGUGUGGCUAGUCCUCGGCGGAUCGCGCAACUGAUUGGAUCGUUAAGUGCUUAACUAGUGCGCGAACAUCGUAUUAACUUAAUUAUCACAAACGUUUCCAACAGUCUGCGAUAGAGCGAUAGUGAUUUUACAUACUUGCUAAUAGCAGUUCGCCAAACUAAACGGCAAGAGCAAUGCAAUGAAGAAUCCGAAGAACACGGCUGCUCGUCAACGAACAUUUCAAAGCUCGCGAAAGCACUACACCAAUGGCUAAAGCGAAAACGCAACUAAACAAUGCAUCACCUGCCCCAGAUUCCGCCACGCAGUCUUCUUCUGUUCCAGUGAACUACCCCAGUAAUAUUAGUGAUAGUGUAAAUCAAGUUGUAGAUAAGAGCGAUAGUGGUAGCAGUCAAAACAUAUCAAUAUCCUCAAUAAAUGAGAAUGACAACAACGAUUCGAGUACCUUCGAGAGCAGCGACAGUGAGUGUGACGAUGAACAGAUUAAGAAGGCUAUCGAGCGAAUUCCCAACGCACUUCAGCCGGGCGGACAGUUGGUGCAGAAUGGUAUGCUGUCCAUAAACAACGAAAACGGUUCGCCGACCUCCAACCGGGGGCCUAACAUCGGCAGUAUAGCAGUUCAAAACUCGUCGGACAUUACGUUCGGCAACAAGACCUACAUUAAGGGACAGGUUGUGAUCAAAAAUAUUUACCAUGAUAGACAGAAUGGGAUAGUUAAUGAAGGAUAUCAGGGAGGCAAUGAAACGGAUGGUGCACUAGGGAUUACAAAGCAAAAGACAGAUCUCAACGAACCUCCAUCGUGGCGCACUAGUCUAAAAACCAUUAUCAGGGACAAACCAUUAUUGAGUGUGACAAUUCUCGUCACCCUAAUGCUCGUCAUAACUACCAUCGUGAUCGUAACAUACUUGGCCACGUCAACAGGUAAAACUAUAUUAAAACCUCACUACGGCGAUGGCGACGAUGACCGGGCGCAUGUCCCUCCAGAUACUGGCAUAGAUCAAGACUUCUUACCAGAUGCGAAGCCGCUCCGAAUAGUCACACGGAACGAAUGGUUGGCACAACCGCCGAAAGAAACCUUAGCUCUACUUAAACUACCAGUGCAUAAAGUUAUCAUCGCUCAUACGGCCAGCGAGGGAUGUACUACUCAGGCUCAAUGCGUAUUUAUGACAAGUAAUAUUCAGGAGUUCCACAUGGCGGAAGAUUCGAGGAAUUACUCCGAUAUUGCUUACAACUACCUGGUGGGCGGCGAAGGGAAUGCAUACGAAGGACGUGGCUGGGAUAAACAAGGUGCUCAUACUAAAGGAUUCAAUGACGACAGUAUUUGCAUUGCAUUCAUCGGAACAUUUAUCAGCAUUGAGCCACCAAUCACACAGUUGAGCGCUGCUAAGCAACUAAUAAAGAUGGGUUUAGAGCAAGGUAAACUUGUGAAGAACUAUGAACUUUACGGUCACCGACAGUUAGCACCGUUCGAAAGUCCAGGCGGUGCAUUAUUCAAAAUAAUUAAAAAAUGGCCAAACUGGUCUGCAAAGCUGGGACCCAAUCACUGGGUAGAUUUGUCAGACGCGCAAUGAUUCCAAACAAAAGGAUGAGUUACUAAAAUGUCGAAUAGAUGAAAUGAGCUCAAAUACGUAUUUUUAAUAUUAUUUUUAAACUGUGAUUCGGUCGAAUAAACUUGUUUCGUGUGUACAUAAAUUGCUAUUACGAUUGCUAUUUUGUUAGAUGUAGGUUUAUCUUUUUCCCUAUGUUGCAAAACGUCAGAAAAUCUUUUAACGAAGCUUCAAUAUAAAGUGCAAAUAAAACGA